AUGUCGAGUCCAUCAGUGGCCCUUGCAACAGCGUGUUGGAGUCAGAAGGCGUUCGUGCUGCGAUCAAAGCGUGUGCCUUGGCGCAAGGGAUGGAAUCGGACGAUGAGAAUGUCAGCUGCCAGUAUACUUGAGACCAUGGCCGCACAAAUGGAUUACAAGGCUGUGCGUAAGUUUGGCAGGCUUCUCCGGAAGUUUGGUAUUGUUAGCACCUUUGUGGAUUGCUACGUGUCCGGGAGAGUCAGUAAUCUCUACAUCGUACUUGUGACUAUCGACUAUGAAAAGCCGCUGGAAGUACUGCUGCACCAGAACGAGCUACUAAGCGAGGCAAAAUUCGGAGUCGAUCAGCGUUUUGUUCAAAGCCAUGCCAGUCGUGCGAAAGCAGUUGGCUCGAUCUUGGUAAAGUUUGGUGCACCGUUGGAUGUGAAGCAGUAUGUCGAUGCAACUAUCGCGCACGCCGAAAAGAGGGAGGAGAUCGCUGUGCCGACGUCUGCUGUUGUCAAAGAUGUGGGAUACGCCAUCACGGACGCACGAAUUGAAAACGCAACGGGUGCCAUGUCACACGUGGUGGCCACUAUUCUGUUGGUGUACCGUCAAGGGAUCUCAAAGCACAUGUCUCGUGCAUCAGGCGAAUCGGCUAAAACUGGGACUGCUGCGACGACGAGGUCGCGUGACUACUUCUCUAGCAUGCGCUGGUAUCCGGGACACGUUGGCACUGUGGUGGUCCGCAAACGACAUUGA